UCUGACCCCCGUGCUCCCACGAGUUAAAGAAUCGUCAUCGCGCUCUUCGACCUCGCUUUCUUCCUUUCUACCUCCUCUUUCUCUUCAAACCUCUUCCGACUCGCACAUCGUAACUCUCUUCCACUCCUUUUUGACUCGUCACCUUUGCCAUAUGUCACUCCCGCAUCAUCUUGCUGCAAACACCUGAACCGCGUCGUCCCCAGGGCCUAAAGGCACCGCUUCAAAAGCUCCUCGGCUAGCGUCGUGGAAGAUCACGUCUUUCAUCUCGCGUCCUGCCUCGGCCUCAUGCACGGUCGUCCCGAUGCCUGCUCCAAGCCGCUUACGAAAGCCGAUACGGCGCAAACGCAAGGCUCUGACGCCUUCCAAGGGCAUGAAUCCCGUUCAAGCAUUGUCGUUAUUGGUGCCGGCUUAGUCGGAUUGCCCGCUGCGAUCCGCCUCAGCAGCGCGAAUUCUCGCCCUGGCGUCCAGCUCUGGAUAGACCGCGAGAUGCGUCCUCCGUCAUCCACUGCAGACGACAUUGGGAAACUUGGCUCCCUCGUGGAUGCAUGCAUUCUUGUCCUCUCCGUCGGACAGGUCGUCAGACGGAAGCUGGAAAGGAUUCCAAGCCAACUGAAUCGAUGUCAAUUUUGGCGAGAGACCCCUUCUGGGCUGCCCAUGUCUUUUGCAGCCACCAAGUUGCUGCUUCCUGAGCUCGAGUCCAUCGUCUUUGCGUUGCCUUCGGGACGUGAGAGAGCUUUCCUGCCACACACGCUGCGUGGCAGUACUCCCUCAUGUUCUUCCCUGCAGCACAGCUAUGAUGGCUCAUUGCAUUUGAUUGGCGAUGCCGCCGAUUCGACCUACCAGGACAAUUUCCUGCAAAAAAAUCAUCAAAAAAAUCACCAAAACGAAGAAAAGGCUCCUUCGACCGCACCACGAAGCUGCCGCCAUGCUCAAACAUCAUUCGACCGCGACACUCUCGGCCGAGACUCGAAUCGUUCUUCCCGAGAAUUCAUCGCGCCAGUGCAUCCAUCGGAGGGCUUUUGCUCUUCUCAGCUUGCCGGCGAUGACACGUACCGCCGAUUUGCGAUCCCCCACGUCCUCGUCCAGGCCAUGGCUCUUCUCGCCUCGCGUCUCGUGGUGGAGCCGGCUUUUGUGGAAACGGCUUCUUUGGAGGCCGUGGCCACGUCCCGAGCCUGGUUUCGACCACAUGCGUCCUUGGAUGAGAGUGUGCACCACCCGGUCAUUCGGGUCUGACUGAGACAGUCACCAUGAGGUGCCUUGGAGGAUAGUCAUAGUCGUCGCUUGUUGUUGUUCGCCUGGUUGGCACAAGACCCGAGUACGUCGUUAAACUGUCUCGUUCGGUCGUCUAAACUUGACGUCCUGAGUUCUCGCCAUCACACGCAACCAGCUACAUCAACGCAGCAACGCUAUUGCUUGCCUC